AGGUCAUUGCCUGCGACGAGAACCCUGAGGCCACCUACGACUUCAAGGUACCCAGAAUACUCUGCUUCACACAGUAUGUGUUUUGUCCCUGCAUGUAUUUAUUUCCUCCUCCUAACUCAGUGCUCUCACUUGUCCUCUCGCUGUCUCUCUUCCCCUGUCUCUCUUAGAGUGACCUGUGGUCUCUGGGUAUAACAGCUAUAGAGAUGGCAGAAGGAGCCCCUCGUAAGUAUGGACACACACACACACACACACACACACACACACACACACACACACACACUGGUAUUAACCCUUUUCUGUCCCUUUCUGCAGCGCUGUGUGACAUGCACCCAAUGAGAGCUCUCUUCCUCAUCCCACGAAACCCCGCCCCCAAACUCAAGUCCAAGAAGUGGUGAGUCUGCAUCACACACACACACACACACACACACUAAUAUCCCUAUUAUUAGGAUAAUAUAACAAUAAUAUUUACUUCCAGGUCUAAGAAGUUCCAGUCGUUCAUCGAGAGUUGCUUGGUGAAGAGUCAUGGUCAGAGACCCAGCACAGAACAGCUGUUGAAGCAUCCCUUCAUCAGAGAGCUGCCCAACGAACGACAGAUCCGCAUCCAACUGAAGGACCACAUCGACAGAACCAAGAAGAAACGUGGCGAGAGAGGUGAGACCGAUAUCAGUAGCCUGGAUCAGAAAUAGAUGGCCCUGUUUCUGUGUUAACCCACUUCUCCUCCUGAGAGAUCUGAUGUGCUAGGUCACUAAAACCGGGUGGUGUGUUCUUCUGCAGAUGAGACAGAAUAUGAGUACAGCGGGAGUGAAGAGGAGGAAGAGGAGAGAGACGUGGGGGAGCCAAGGUAACACACACACGGAAAAAACACAGUCAGCACAAACUCCAGGCUCUCAUUGGCCCAUUUUCCACUAACACUCUCUUCUGAUUGCUCCUUCCCCAGCUCCAUCAUCAACAUCCCUGGUGAGUCGACGUUAAGGCGGGACUUCCUGCGUUUGCAGCUGGCCAAUAAGGAACGCUCUGAGGCUCUGAGGAGGCAGCAGUUGGAACAACAGCAGAACGAGGAACACAAACGCCUCCUACUGGCCGAACGACAGAAACGCAUAGAGGAGCAGAAAGAACAGAGGAGGAGACUGGAGGAGGUAGGACACACCCACGCACGCACACACACACACCCACGCACACCCACGCACACACACAUGUUUAACUCUCUUUUUCUCUCUAACAGCAACAGCGAAGGGAGCGUGAGUUGAGGAAGCAGCAGGAGAGAGAACAGAGGAGACGCUAUGAAGAGAUGGAACAACUACGGCGAGAUGAGGAGAGGAGGCACACGGAGAGAGAACAGGUACACACUUUCUCUUUGACUUCCUCCUUAAGUUCUCUUGUUCUCCCUCUUCCUGCUGCUACAGUGUAUAGGAGUAUCUCUCUCUCUUUCUCUUUGUUCUUGUUUUCUCUGUGCCUCGGUCUCUCCUUCCCUCUAUGCUGCAUUAGGACUAUAUCUCUGUCUUACACUCUUUCUUUCUCCCUUUCUCUCGUUCCCUCCACGCUGCGUUGUGAUAGGAGUAUAUCCGUAGACAGCUGGAGGAGGAACAGAGACAGUUAGAGAUUCUACAGCAACAGCUUCUACAGGAGCAGGCUCUACUGCUGGUAACACUGUUACCCCUGCAUGUCUAUGUAUAUAUACCCCUGACCUCUCACCCCUGACCUCUCAAUAACUUCUACAGGAGCAGGCUCUACUGCUGGUAUCUCUGUUACCCCUGCAUGUCUAUGUAUAUAUACCCCUGACCUCUCACCCCUGACCUCUCAAUAACUUCUACAGGAGUAGGCCCAUUGUAUACCUGCAUGUAUACAUCUACCUACCCCCACCCUCUCAUGGCUCACCCCUCAACCCUGUGAAAGUACAGCUACAGAGCCUGUGGUGUAAACCUGUACCUUGUCCCUGUGUCCAGUGUUUGUUGUUCCUCGGUCCUUUCUGCCUCCCCUCUCUCUAAGUCCUUACCCUGCAAGGAACCCCACUCCCCAGCCCGAUCAUGGAACGUCCCUGUGAGCGCUGUCCUGUAUGGAUCCUAUUGGUCGACUUGUCCUGUAUGGAGUGAUGCUAUUGGUCAUGUGUGUCAUGUGUCUGUCUGUUGCAUGGCUCGUGCUGUCAUGAUAGGGAUUUGGUUAAGAUCAGAUAAUAACAAUCUCCGUGUGUGGUGUGUGUGUGUGUGUGUGUGUCUCCAUAGGAAUAUAAGCGUAAGCAGAUUGAGGAACAACGUCAAGCAGAGAGGCUACAGAGACAGUUACAACAAGAGGUAGCACUUAGUUCUUAUGAUGAUGUCAUAUAACAAUGUUGUUGAAUAGUUGAAGAGAUGGUAAACUGUUGUCUAUUUGUUUUAUAGAGAGCCUACCUGGUGUCUCUACAGCAGCAGCAACAACAACAGCAACAACAACAAAACCAAGAUGGCCGACCAGGCGAGAAGAAACUGUAUCACUAUAAAGACUCAGCUAGUCCUACUGACAAACCUGCAUGGGCUAAAGAGGUACACACACACACACACACACACACACGCACCACACACACACACGCUGGCCUGUGUCUACACUGAUAGUUUCUACAGACAGAAGCAGAAGGGUUUGAGAGAAGAUGCCGAUAAAAGAAAGCUGUAGAGACUCUGGUCUCUGGACAUUCAUAACUGAAGUUCAUAAGUUCAGUCUCAGUCGAACUACAACAUUGUCUGUAUGGAGGUGGUGGUGCAUACAGCUGAGCGGAUUGGAACAAGAUACUGUGUUUUUCCUGUUACAGUUCUUCUGUGUGUUUUUAUAUUUGAUGUGUGUGGUGUUUGAAGAGUUUGCAUGUGUGAAUUGGUCUGUCUGUUCACGUGUGUACGUCUGCGCGCAUGUGUGUGUGUGUGUGUGUGUGUGUGUGCUUGUUUAACUUCUGCCCCACCUUGUCUCCAGGUCCCGAAGCAGCAGACACACCACCAGAGCCACUCACCCCGCCCAUUCCUCAGACAAAGCCACUCCUUCAACCAACCUUCAUCCUCCAUUCCUUCCCACGCCAACCCCCCUCGCCGAUCCCCCUCCAACCCCACCUGCCCCCCUCACAUCCGUAUAUCCCUGGAGACUAGUGAUCCAGUAGAUCCCUUUCUGAAACAGGAGAUUAGCCAGCAGGUUAGAGAGAUGAGAGCUCAGAAAGCCAGUCAAAGGGUGUUCAGACACAAAGAAAAAGGACCCAAUACCAGAGUAGUACAACACAUCAACCAGGGGCCAAAAUGGCCUAGCCGAGUCGAUCAGAAGGCUGGUCAGCAAGACCGAGGGCGCAGUCCCAGGCCUAGACACCAAGGGCCGCAACACAACCCCAACCAGGGGCCACAGCAUAAUGGGCAGGGGCAACAGGCUGGCUUUAACCGAGGCUCCAGCCCUAACCCCAACCCCAACCAAGCCCCAAAAGAGAGCCCCAUGUCUAAUCACCAAGCCCCUAACCAAGAGGCGAACAAUGGGCCAGUCUGGGCACCCAGCUCCAGACCCAACCAGGGACCUAACCUGGGGGUAAAAGACCAGGGGCCGAUAUGGGUCAGUGGCCGUAGUGGCAGCUCCAUCUCCCCCUGUCGUAGAAUAGACGUAGAAGUAAAUGACAUAGAUGUAGAAAUAGACUCCUCCUCCUCCUCCUCCUCUCAUUCUAAUUCUUCUUUCCUCUACCCCUCUCCUGAUCAUGAUCUUGGAGGCAGCUUUCUGUUUCCCUGUCGCAUAGUAGAUGUAGAAAUAGAUGAACUAGAUAUAGAAAUGGAGGAACUAGAAAAGUGGGAGUUGGACUGUUGGAGGUAUGGAGAGGAGGAGAAGGAAUGGAGAGAAAGGGGUAGAGAGGGAAGUGUGGGGAGGUUGGGGAUGGCUUCCAGCCAUGAGAGUCUGUUGGGAUCCUAUGGGGGCCAUACGAACUCUGACCUCUACUCUCGAUCCCUAACCCCUGACCUCUCAGCCUCUGCACCGGCAGGCCGGCUACGCCCUUUCCUGUCCUCCAAUCACAAUCACUUCCCGGCUCCUGAAUCCUCCAAGCAGAGUCCGUUCCUCCAAGUCCCCGGUUGGGCUCCUCCCCCUCUCAACAGAGUGAGGUCAGGGGUCAGUGAUGAUGAUGAUGAGGUCGUGACCUCUAACCUGGACCUGGCCUCCUCUGCACCAGCUAACAUGCUCAGAUCACACCUGGCCCAGGCCAUGCCCAUCAGACCCAAGCAGUCAUCCCUCUCUCAGUCCUCCCUCUCUGUCUCUCGUUCUCCUGGUAAGAGAUCAGGUCCUCUGAAACAGUUAGUGUCAGCCUUAAAUUGGAUGGGCCUCUCGCCCCGAGGGUCACCCAGAACCUCACCCCAAACCUCAGCCAGAAUCUCCCCCUCACACUCCCGACCUGAGUCCCCCAAUUAUUUAUCCCCCAAUCCCUCUCCAGCUCCAUUCUACCACUCCCAGUAUCUCACACCCUACUCCUCCCCCUUCGGCUCCCAGUCCCAGCUCACUAUCAGACCACUAACUGCUAGCCAUUAGCUGCAAGCGCACACACACACACACACACACACAUACACACACACACACACACACACACACAUAUAUAUAUAUAUAUUCUUUAUUAUAAAAAAUAUUAUUUUAUACUCUUUUGUACUACGAAAAUUGUUCUACUUGUUUUGUUGACUAAAAGUCAUUCAUAUAGCUCAAUUGGUUCAUCCUUACCCUACUACCUCCCAUAGUCACCAAUCCAAUCAAAACAGAUAUCAAGAAGAACCAGGUCCCCCCCCGCCCCCCUCCCCUGUUAGGCUGCCUCACCUCCCCCUACCUCUAACACCCCACAAUCCCUUGGAGCCACCUUCCCCCAACCGCCCCUCGAUCUGGAGGGUGAUGAUGUCACAGGAAGGUCUCCAUACGUGUCACAUCCUGUUUACGGUCAGUUAGCCAGUUGCAGUUCUGCUUGGUGAUGGGUGCUGGCCAAUCAGGUCUCAGCUGGGUGAAUGCCAAUCAGGUCUCAGCUUGGUGCUGGGUGGAGGCCAAUCAGGACUCACUUCAGUGCUUGCUAAUUGGCGGUGGACUAUCUUUUCUCUGGGAUCACAUACCAACAUGGAUUCUCAACAUUUCAGAUACUCUUUUCUGCUAGAACGAUACCCUCCAACUCCGCCUCUCCUCCGUCCCCCUCUCCAUCCUCUCUUUGUCAGUCUGUCUGUCUGUCUAUCAGUUUAAAACUUUGUUUAGAUGCAGCAGCUGGCGCAAUUAACCUUUCUCUCUCUCUCGCUCGCUCGCUCUCUCGCUCCCCCUCUCUCUCCAUCUCUCUGUUACAGCUUGUACCAGUUGAUUCUAACCAGUAAUUGCAUGACUGAUUGCUCAGAUCAACAUGCAAUGAUGAGCCUGUAGAACACAGGGACCUGCCUCAGUGCCUCUAGAACACCGUAGACAGCGCUGUAUUAACAUGUUGGUCAUGUCCUAAUAAUAAUCAUGUGUGUCAGGUGGAGGAUCGGUCCAAGCUGAACAGACAGAGUUCUCCAGCGCUGCAGCAUAAGGCUGUCUCCAGCCGGGUCUCUGAGGCCUCCCUGCCCCCCCACUCCGAGUCCUUUAGCACUGCAGGGAUGCAGCCGGCCCGCACCCCACCCACACACCGCCCAGUUGAACCACAGGUGUGUGUCUGUCCCUCUGUCUGUCUCUCUCUCUGUGUGUGUGUGUGUGUGUGGACAAUUACCAAUAUACACACAACAUAUAAUGAUAUUCGAUAUUGCAUACUAGUAUGCUGUAGCCUUUAGUACAGUCAACAAGCAAUAUGUCUAUCUGUUGGAAUUAGAAAAUGGAUAUUCCCAUAAUUCCCUGUUUUAUCUCCUUCUCUCGCUCUCUCUCUAGAUGGCCCACCUGAUUCCAGUGAAGACCAUGACAGGCUCUCAGUCUCUGCAGGAGAGCACAGGAGGAGAGGGGGGGGGGAUGGGAAGGAGAAGGGAGGAGGGUGGAGGAAUGCCACCCCGUCAGAACUCUGACCCCACCUCUGACUCUAACCCCGCCCCUCCACCUCGUACCACUAGCCAAGAGGACGAUGAGCUUCCCCCUAAGGUCCCUCAAAGAACCACCUCAAUCUCCCCAGCCCUGAUGAGGAAAAACUCUCCCAACGGACAGGGACUCAUACAAGCCAGGUGUGUGUGUGUGUGUGUGUGUCUCAGGGUCGGGCUCAAUUCCAUUUGAAUUCCAGUAAAUUCAGGAAGUGCACUGAAAUUUCUAUUCACUUCAAUGUUUUUCAAUGGGAAAAUGGUGAAUUGGAAUUUGGUUUACUUUCUGAAUUGAAAUAGCAUUUACCCCAACCCUGGUGUGUGUACUGUGUAUGUAUUAACAGUGUUUGUGUAUAUGUAUGUAUUAACAGUGUGUUCGUGUGUGUGUGUGUAUUAACAGUGUGUGUAUGUAUUAACAGUGUGUGUGUGUGUGUGUGUAUUAACAGUGUGUGUGUGUAUUAACAGUGUGUGUGUGUGUGUGUGUGUGUGUGUGUGUAUUAACAGUGUGUGUGUAUAUGUAUGUAUUAACAGUAUGUUCGUGUAUGUAUUAACAGUGUGUGUGUGUGUAUUAACAGUGUGUGUGUGUAUUAACAGUGUGUGUGUGUGUGUGUGUGUGUGUAUUAACAGUGUGUGUGUAUAUGUAUGUAUUAACAGUGUGUGUGUGUAUUAACAGUGUGUGUGUGUAAUUAACAGUGUGUGUGUGUGUAUUAACAGUGUGUGUGUAUAUGUAUGUAUUAACAGUAUGUUCGUGUAUGUAUUAACAGUGUGUGUGUGUAUUAACAGUGUGUGUGUGUGUAUUAACAGUGUGUGUUGUGUGUGUGUGUGUAUUAACAGUGUGUGUGUAUAUGUAUGUAUUAACAGUAUGUUUGUGUAUGUAUUAAGUGUGUUGUGUAUUAACAGAUGCUGGUGUCAUAUCAGUGUGUGUGUGUUGAUUAACAGUGGUCUUGUGUGUGUGUGUGUUAUACAGUGUGUGUGUGUGUGUGUGUAUUAACAGUGUGUGGUAUAUGUAGUAUUAACAGUAUGUCGUGUAUGUAUAACAGUGUGUGUGUAUUAACGUGUGUGUGUGUAUUAACAUCUUUGUGUGUGUAUUAACAGUGUGUGUGUAUAUGUAGUAUUAACAGUAUGUUCGUGUAGUAUUAAAGUGUGUGUGUGUAUAACAGUGUGUGUGUAUUAACAGCUGUUGUGGUGUAUAACAGUGUGUGUGUAAUGUAUGUAUUAACAGUAUGUUUCGUGUAUGUAUUAACGUGUGUGUGUUAUUAACAGUGUGUGUGUUGUAUUAACGUGUUGUGUUGUGUUGUUGUAUUAACAGUGUGUGUGAUAUGUAUUAUACAGUAUGUUCGUGUAUGUAUUAACAGUGUGUGUGUGUAUUAACAGUGUGUGUGUGUGUCUAUUAUCAGUGUGUGUGUGUGUGUGUGUAUUAACAGUGUGUGUGUUCUUUCAGUAAUCCAGACCUGAGAGCAUCAGAGCUGUUUCUGGAUACUGCUCUACAGAGGAGGUCCUCUCACUCCUCCUCCUCAUCCUCACCUUCAUCACAGAGAGGUACACACACACACACACACACACACACACACAACACAUAUAUGUGACUGAUUAAAAAGUGUAUUCGUCUAUUGAUACGCUUUGUGAAUAUUGAUGCUGACUCCUCCCUUAUGCUGUGAUAGGUCCACCAGUCCAGGAGACCUCCCCCCCAGCAGAAGCCAAUCAGGAGGUCAGGAUCAGACCGGAGGAGGGGCGAGACGCAGCCAGACCCAGCAGACCAGCUGUGAGUAACACACACCUCUCUUCUUUCUGGGAGUCAGGCUUUCUCCUCUUCUGCUACUUAUCUGUUUCUCUCUUUUUCUCCCUCCCUUUCUCUUUCUCCUUCCUUCUCUCCUCCUCAAUCUCUUCUGCUGUUGAUCCCCUUCUCCUAUCAGAGCUAUAAGAAAGCCAUAGAUGAGGUUAGUGACCUCCCCCUUUUAUAUCUCUCUGUUUCUACCUCUCUCUCAGUAGAACCAGUAUGGCCCAUUCAUUCAAGGUUUUAGUGGGACGUGUGUAAGCUCAACUUAACAUCACUUUGGAGGUCUGACCAAGUCAGACUUUUGGAAUUCUGAAGUGUGUGAAUUGAAGUGUCCGGUGUGUGUGUGUGUGUGUGGUUACUGUGGUUUAGGAAGAGCUUGAGGAGGUCCACCCUGUCUACAUGAAUUGGUUUGGUCCAGUGGUUGGGGGGAAUGGGGCUGUGGGACUGGACCAUCUGGUUGCAUGGGGGUGUUUGCUAGAUGGAUGCCGACAUGGAUGUUACCCCUUUUUAUUUUUUAGAAGUUUGUUUUUUUGAUUUAUUGGCUUAUGACAUCUUUGUUUUAGCUGGUCGUUUACUAGGAAAUCUUUCUCCAGAGUUCACAAAUGUUUGUUGAUGCGGAUGGUUUAUUGUUCUGUCCUUCUCUCAGUUCCCCCAUGUCUCUGUUAAAUGGACUCUCCCUUGACUGUUAGACAAUUCGAAGUGAUCACUGCAUUAAAUAAUAUUUGGGUUCAAAUAUGUAUUUAUUCUCUCUCUCUCUCUCUCUCUCUCUCUCUCUCUCUCUCUCUCUCUCUCUCUCUCUCUCUCUCUCUCUCUCUCUCUCUCUCUCUCUCUCUCUCUCUCUGUCUCUAGGAUCUAAGUGCGCUGGCUAAGGAGCUGAGAGAGUUGAGGGUAGAGGAGGGCAGUAGACCUCCAGUGAAGGUGAGAAAGGUAAUGUUUGUGACAAAGCAUAUCCACACUAUUACCUUCAUAGUGUGUACUUUCAGACAGUAUACCUUCAUAGUGUGUACUUUCAGACAGUAUACCUUCAUAGUGUGUACUUUCAGACAGUAUACCUUCAUAGUGUGUACUUUCAGACAGUAUACCUUCAUAGUGUAUACUUUCAGACAGUAUACCUUCAUAGUGUGUACUUUCAGACAGUAUACCUUCAUAGUGUAUACUUUCAGACAGUAUACCUUCAUAGUGUGUACUUUCAGACAGUAUACCUUCAUAGUGUGUACUUUCAGACAGUAUACUUUCCAAAUAAAGGUCAUUGAUGGGAUUUCUGUUAUUCCUGUUUCCAAGGUGACAGACUACUCAUCCUCGAGUGACGAGCGAUCAGAGAGCAGCGACGAGGACGGAGAGACGGGGCAAGAUGGGACUGUGGCUGUCAUGUAAGUGUGUGUGUACUAGGCCAUGGAUUUACAGGUGUAGUGAGUUGUAUGUAGGGGGUCUGACUGUGCGUGUGUUGCAGGCCACAGCAGGGUGAAGCAUAUGGAGGUUUGACUGAAGAACCUCUGGCAGGCUCCUUCAACACAACACAGGACAGCACUCUGAUCAUGAGAGAGGUGCGACACGCACACACACACACACGCACACCACACACGCACACGCACACGGACAUACAGCUAAGCUUUCUUUCUCUGUCUCUCUCUCAGGCAGAGGAGAGGAGGAGGGCAGCAGGCCAUGGUGAGAGUAAUGGGUUCCAUAGCAACCAUCACGGCAGCGGUAACCAUGGCAACCUCCCUGACCUGGUCCAGCAGAGCUCCUCCUCUUCACCCUCAACCCUGGACGCACUGAAAGAGGUAAUACACUCACACACACACACACACACACACAAUUAUUGUUUCAUUUUUUUCUACAGAUGUGCUCAUUGGUUGUUUUCUUUCCAGCAAUUUGGAUCUAAAGCCUCCUUCUCCCCAUUCGGCGAUCCACGGUCCUAUCAGACCUCCCCUACUGAAGAUGAGGAUGAGAGCUCAGCUGGUAAUGUUGUGUUAAUGUUAUUGUAAGGUUAUUCUUUGGUUGCUGUUAUGUUGUGUUUAUGUUAUUGUAAGGUUUUAAUGUAGUGUAAACGUUACAAACAAACAGUGCUUAUAUUUGUCCUAUUUUACAUGUAUACAAGUGUGUAUUAAUACACGUGUGAAUUGGAAAUGUGUUUUUGCAUAUCCCAACUCUCCCUGCGACACCCUCUGUGAGUGGGGUCACGGCCAGGGUCAACCCUAGAGCAAUUAGGGUUAAGUGCCUUGCUCAAGGGCACAGCAACAGAUUUUUCACCUUGUCGGCUCGGGGAUUCAAACAAGCAACCUUUUGGUUAAUGGCCCAACGCGGCUACCUGCCCCCCCUAUACUAUAACGUUGUUCUGUGGUUCCAGGUCUGUUCACCAGUGAGUUGCUGCAUCAGGAGCAGGCCAGACUAGCCGAGGCCAGAAAGAUCAGCGUGGUCAACGUGAACCCAACCAACAUACGACCUCACAGUGACACGCCUGAGAUACGCAAAUACAAGAAGCGCUUCAACUCUGAGAUACUGUGUGCUGCUCUCUGGGGUAAGAAACCCUAGAUAUUCUCACACAAAUCUGAACACAUACACACAUGCAAAGUUUCUCACACAUAGGAAUGCAACUUAGUCAUGUCUGUGCACACAUACACACUGACAAUGAAUUCUCUCUCUCUCUCUCUCUCUCUUUCUCUCUCUCUCUCUCUUUCUCUUUGAGUCUCUCUCCCUCUCCUCUCCUCUCUCCCUCUCUCCUCUCUCACUCGCUGUCUAGGUGUGAACCUGUUGGUGGGGACAGAGAAUGGUUUGAUGUUGCUUGACCGUAGCGGUCAGGGGAAGGUGUAUAACCUGAUUACCAGGAGACGCUUCCUACAGAUGGAUGUCCUGGAGGGACUUAAUGUCCUGGUUACUAUAUCAGGUAUUACCGACUGACCGCAAUAUGACCAUUACAUAACCGCAACAUGACCACAGAGGGAGAACAUUGCUCUGUUAGUUAAAAAACUGGAGGCCUGUAGAGCUUUACUCUGUUCUGAUAAAGAGACAUCUCUGUUCUGAUAAAGAGACAUCUCUGUCUGAUAGGACAAAUCUCGUUCUGAUAAAAUAUCUCGUUUCUGAUAAAAACAUCUCUUCUGAUAACGCAGACAUCUCUCUAUAAGAGAAUUCUCUGUUGAUAAAGAAACUACUCUGUUCUAUAGAGACUCUCUGUUCUGAUAAAGAGACAUCUCUGUUGACAGGAUAAAGAGACAUCUCUGUUGACAGGAUAAAGAGACAUCUCUGUUCUGAUAAAGAGACAUCUCUGUUCUGAUAAAGAGAUAUCGCUGUUCUGAUAAAGAAACAUCUCUGUUCUGAUAAAGAGACAUCUCUGUUCUGAUAAAGAGACAUCUCUGUUGACAGGAUAAAGAGACAUCUCUGUUCUGAUAAAGAGACAUCUCUGUUGACAGGAUAAAGAGACAUCUCUGUUCUGAUAAAGAGACAUCUCUGUUGACACGAUAGAGACAUCUCUGUUCUGAUAAAGAGACAUCUCUGUUCUGAUAAAGAGACAUCUCUGUUCUGAUAAAGAGACACCUCUGUUCUGAUAAAGAGACAUCUCUGUUCUGAUAAAGAGACAUCUCUGUUCUGAUAAAGAGACAUCUCUGUUCUGAUAAAGAGACACCUCUGUUGACAGGAUAAAGAGACAUCUCUGUUGACAGGUUAAAUAUACAUCUCUGUUCUGAUACAUCUCUGUUUUCUCUCUCCACCUCCCUCCUUUCUCUCUCUCUUUUACCUUAUCUCUCCCCCCUUAUCUAUCGCCUCUCUCUCUCUUUCCCUCUACCCUCCCUCCCUGUCCCCUCUCUUUCUCCCCUCCCUCCAUCUCUCCCCCUCCCAGGGAAGAAGAAUAAGUUGCGUGUGUACUACCUGUCCUGGCUGAGGAACAGGAUAUUACACAACGACCCAGAGGUUGAGAAGAAGCAGGGCUGGGUCACUGUAGGAGAGUUGGAGGGCUGCGUACACUACAAAGUCGGUACGGAUCUCUCUCUCUGUUUUCUGUCUCUCUCUCUCUGUGUGUGUGUGUGUGUGUGUGUGUGUGUGUGUGUGUGUGUGUGGGGACUGACCCUCCUUUGUGUGUGUGUUGCCAUCUCUUCUUUGUGUGUUAUUGACUCUUCUGUGUAUGUUGUUUCCAGUAAAGUACGAGAGGAUCAAGUUCCUGGUGAUCGCUCAGAAGAACGCAGUGGAGAUCUAUGCCUGGGCCCCCAAACCCUACCACAAGUUCAUGGCCUUUAAGGUAACACACACACCAUGUUGAGAUGUGACGUUCUAGUUAGGUAGACAUCUUGGAAGUACAGGGACUCCUUGAGAGAAAAUGUUGCAGCGUUGUCUGUGACAAUACUAUGGGGUCUGUCACGUUGUUUGAUACUGGUUACUCUGGGGUCAAUAGCAACCCCCCUAUCUCUCUCUCUCUCUCCCCCCUCUCCCAGUCGUUCACUGACCUGCAGCACCGCCCCCAGCUGGUUGACCUGACGGUGGAGGAGGGGCAGAGGUUAAAGGUCAUCUACGGCUCCAGCCUGGGCUUCCAUGUCAUCGACGUCGACUCUGGCAACCCUUACGACAUCUACGUCCCGUCACACGUAAGUCUGUGUGGUGUGAUGUAUAGUUAUUCUUCCUGACUGACAGGUUGAUAGACAGUAGAUAACAAUUCACAUCCCUCUCUCUCUCCUGUCUAUAGAUUCAGACCCAGGUGACUCCCCAUGCCAUCGUGGUUCUUCCUAAGACAGACGGGAUGGAGAUGUUGUUGUGUUAUGAAGAUGAGGGAGUUUACGUCAAUACCUACGGACGCAUCACUAAAGACGUUGUGCUGCAGUGGGGAGAGAUGCCUACUUCUGUUGGUGAGUGUGUGUGUGUGUGUGUGUGUGUGUGAGCGAGCGAGCCCAGCUUUGUUUUAGGCCUGUGGGAGCUUGUUUAGGUUAAUGUAAAGUUUAAUCAGAUUCAAUCUCAACUUUGUUGUGUUCCAUAAUAGAACAGUGUAGUCUAUACAGUGAAACUAAUACUGUCUGUUUUUAACUUCUCUCUGUCUCUCUCGCUAUCCUUACUCCUCCAGCCUAUAUCCACUCUAGCCAGAUCAUGGGCUGGGGGGAGAAGGCCAUAGAGAUCAGGUCUGUGGAGACAGGACACCUGGACGGGGUCUUCAUGCACAAGAGAGCCCAGAGACUCAAGUUCCUGUGUGAGAGGAAUGACAAGGUAAACAACAUGCGCGCACACACACACACACACACACACACACACACAUUCAUAUUCUCUAUUGCCUGCAACAAUCAUGUAUUUUAAUGCUUGUGUUUGUUGUGUGUGUGUCUAGGUGUUCUUUGCGUCGGUUAGGUCUGGAGGCAGCAGUCAGGUCUUCUUCAUGACCCUCAACCGUAGCUCCAUGAUGAACUGG